AUGCUCCAGCUACGUAGUCGCGUCAUCGCCCAUGUCAUAUCAUGUCCAGCAACCUCUCCCGCAUCCCCUGUCAGCCGCCUCCUCGCCGCCGCGGCGCCCGCCGUCUCCCCAAGCCCUAGCUUCGUCGUGGAGGAGUACCUGGUCUCCACCUGCGGCCUCACCCGACCCCAGGCCGUCAAAGCCUCCGCUAAGCUCUCCCACCUCAAGUCCCCCGCCAAGCCCGACGCUGUGCUCGCCUUCCUCGCCGGCCUCGGCCUCUUCGCCGCCGACGUCGCCUCCGUCGUCGCCAGAGACCCCCAGUUCCUCUGCGCCAAAGUGGAGAAAACCCUGACACCCAACGUCGUCGGGCUCACCGACCUCGGACUCUCGCCUUCUGACAUCGCGCUCAUCGUCUCGCUGUCCCGUCACAAAUUCCGCUGCAGAUCCAUUGUCUCCAGGCUGCACUACUACCUCACUCUCUUUGGGUCCUCUGACAACUUCCUGCGGGCCCUCAAGAGGAACUUCUACCUUCUCUCGUCUGACCUCGACGGCGUCGUCAAGCCCAAUGUCGCUUAUCUGCACCAGUGCGGGCUAGGUGCUUGUGAUAUUGCCAGGCUCUGCAUAGCUAGGCCAUCCCUGCUCGGCAUCAGCACGGAACGCAUCCGGACACUAGUGGCCUGCGUCGAAGGUCUUGGUGUACCCCGUGGAUCUCCGAUGUUCAGACAUGCGCUAAACGCUGUUGCAUUCCUCAGCGAGGAGAAAAUCACCGCCAAUGUAGAGCACUUGAAGAAAAUGUUCAGGUGGUCGGAUGCCGAGGUGGGCAUUGCUUUUUCUAAGGCUCCAACGUUGCUAACGAGGACCAAGGAAUCGCUGCAGCGCAGGUCCGAGUUCCUCAUCUCUGAGGUGGGGUUGGAACCGGCAUACAUUGCUUCUCGUCCGGCAGUACUCACAUAUAGCUUGGAGGGCCGGCUCAGACCCCGGUACUACGUUGUCAAAUUUCUCAAGGAAAAUGGAUUGCUAGAUCAUGACCGGGACUACUAUGCUGCAGUCAUGAUCAGCGAGAAGGUAUUCGUCGAGAAGUUCAUAUGCCCUCAUAACUCAUAAGGAUGCUGCACCGCAUCUCGCUGAAGAUUAUGCAACAGCUUGCAGAGGGGAGGUUCCAGCUAGAUUCAGUUUUACAUGAACCAAGACUAAUAAGAAAAUUGAUAUUUCAAGUGCCCUGGUAUUCGUACCAGAGAAGCAAACCGAUGCUUGUAUGGUAUGGUGCUGAAAAGCAGAGGGCAAAGGAGAUGGUCGAUGCUAAUACCUGCGAAGAGAUGUGAUUUAAAGAUCAACUGUGUGUCCCUUCUCUGGUACUUGUUGAAAUUGUAGAAACAAGAUUAAUGAAAUCUAGGCGAGGGGAACGGGUCGAAUGAUGAAGUGACUUACCACCAGGUGAAGAUGUGCUGAAACCGGAUGUAGAUGGUGCUUUUCUUCUUCUUCCAGGAAACGAGACGAAACAUGGCGGCAAUGGCUUGGCUGUACUAUACAUUAUUCUGAAGGUUCUGUUAGUUUUUGACACCCUGAAGCUUCAGCAACAAGUAUGGCCUGACAAUGCAUGAGUUUUAUUCAGGGAAGCACCUACUUUUCUCUUUUUUGCAUCUUGCAAGUUAAGUAAUCCUUCUAGUAUUGUACUAUAGCUUUGAAUAAACUAGCAGCAUCUGGUGCUUUAAUCAAUUUUCUACAUUUUGGUGCAUCUUCACUUGGAUGUAAACAAUCUGAACGAGUCACGCAUGCAUGUAAAAAGUAGGCGGUAUGUAAAUUUUGUACUCUGAAGUCUGAACCCUGAAUUCGAACCAGAGCUGAACGUUAGCCAUGAAUCUUUCAAACUUCAUGUGUGAACUCUGAAACUUAUUAUACCCAAUUCAAGUGUGAAGCUAUAGUAAGCAUUUAGAAAUCUUUCAGGAGCCAGGUUAACUCGAAUCUGAGCAGUAAGUUACCAGCAGCUAAUAGGCUAAACUUUUAUUUACAAUUUCACUCCAGUCUCUUCAGAGCCACAACUAUUAUACUCAGAUGAAGAGUAUUAACAUUUUCCAUUAUCAUAGCAGCAUAUGUAUGACGAGAGGUCUUAUGUUUUCAAAACGUUGGGACUGGGCUUAACUGAUUAUGAUGAAAAAUCACUUUCUUUUCUUAAAUACAUCAGUGAUUAGAGGAUUUUGAUUCUCCUGUCGUUUUCAUAAAUGUCCAAUUUAGUCUAUUAAAAUAGGCAUAUUUUCAUAUAGGUUCACCAAAAGGGAAGUGUCAUUUUUACAUUGUCAGCAGAUAAAACUGUUUUACAUUGAAUUCUAAAGCGUGCAUUUAGUAUCUAAUGUAUUGAAGGCACGGUGAUGAAAUCCAAGUGCAAAUGCUAGUUGAUUAGCAUCAUUCUUAUUUCUGCAAUUUAUUUCUCCAACAUUUAUGCAUAUCCAUUUCGAGUAGAUAAAUAAACUUCACUAGUGAACUUACCGCCUGAAGGCAAUGUGCUGAAAAUUGAUAAUGAAAUACAGCUCCUGAAUUAAUCCCGAAAAUUAUAACAAUUAUCUCUAUGGAGCAGAGACGGAAAGACCACCGCGGACGUGAGGACGACCAGGAGAGCGGCACCAACUGGAGGAUGAUGUAGUACUGCUUCUGUUUCCAGAUCAAACUCAACAAGGUUGUAUACCAACUGAACUUUUACACGAAGAGGAGAGCCUAAUGAUGAGAUAUUCAGGGGAUUGAACAGGACUAUAAAUCGAUGAGUCUAAAUAAACAGUGGCUGGGUUUGAACAUGGACAGGUAUGGUGCCACGUAUGGGGAUUCAGCAUAAGAUAGUCCAAACUACAACCACAUCAAAGUGCUCUUUCUUUCUUCUGGUCGUUGCUAGCUCCUGAUGAAACUGAUACUUGAUGAACGGGUUUAGAUCUUGAUUGCAUGAUGUGGGUGCGGUCACAACAAUUUCAAUGUGGUUAGCCGGUCGGCACUCAUUCUCUGUUGGAUACAACAUAUUAUCAGGGCAUCUUAUUUUUCU